GCGCACGAGCGCGGCGCGCGAGACGGACGGCGCGCGUCGAGGGCGAGCGCGUCGAUCGCGCGCGACGCUUUGGAGUCGCCGUCGGAGGGGCGAGAGGAGGACGACGCGUCGAUGUUCACGGCGAGGAUCACGCGAGGGCGGGGGGACGACGUCGAGGCGGUGGACGCGGACGCGGGCGUGGGGGGAGGCACGCGCGGCGCGGCGGACGAGGAGCGGGCGAACGCGUCCGUGGACGCGCCGGCGAUCGCGGUGGUGUACGGAGAGGAUGAUGACGUGGAGGGAAGACGACGGCCGGCGGGAUCGACGGCGUCGGCGCGCGAAGUGGCGAGCGAAAUCGAGGGAGAAGUUGGGGUCGACGCGCCGGGGAACGGGGUGGAACGGGCGAGAGGUAUGCCGGCGAGAUUGCGAGCGGGCGGACGCGGAGGGCCGGCGUUGAGCUCGAGCAACGCGCGCGGGCCGCAGUGGCCGGCGAACAGCGCGGCGGAUUCGAACACGGCGGCGGUGUCGAGCGAUCGAGAGCAGCCUGCGGAUUCCACCGAGGCGCAACGGCAGAGCAAGUCGAUUGGCGAAGGCGAAGCGGGACGCACCGAGUCCGGGCUCUGCAAUAGCGAGGAAGUGGAGGGAGGAGACGUCAAGGCGGCGGGAAGUCUGCUCGCGAGCGAGCGAGGCGCCGUCGGUACGGGAAUGGAGGUUGAGUCCAAGCAAAUCAUAUUGCCCUCUCCCACUCCGUGGGAUAAUCUCGAGCCGUGGGACGUGCCGAGGGAGUCUCUCGUCGAGGCGUCUCUCGAACUCAAGGCGCGGGCGGACGCCUUCAAAAAGUUGGAAAACUUUGGGACGGCUGAGCGCGCGUACGGACACGCGUUACGCUUCAUUGAUCAGAUCGACAUGUUCGAGAGCGAGGAGCCGAGUGGAUUAUCCGAGCGUAACUCUUCAUUGAGGUUGGAGUGCCUGCUCCAGGCGAGCGCGUGCGCGUUGCAACGAGCGGAUCCCGUAAGAGCGGGCGAACUCGCGGCGCGCGUGAUCGCGCGCGAGCCGAACAGCGCGAUCGCUCUCAAGGCUCGCGCGAUCGCGGCCGUCACGGAAGGUGACUUCGGUACCGCCAUCAGUGAUUUGACAAAGGCGUUGGAGUUACACCCGCAAGAUACGGCUUUGAAGCAAGAUCUGGCCGACGUCAUCAGCAGACGCGACAUGGCCGUCCACGCGCCGAGACGCACCGCCAUCGGUGCGUCGCUCAUGGGGCCUCCUGGGGCGGUCACUUGGGGGACGAUGCCCAUGAGUGUUGUGGGCGGCGCCGCAUCCAGCGCGCACGGUGGUAAACUAUACUCUUAUCCGAACGCCGGGUACGUCGCGAGCGGCGGUCUCGGGAUGACUCACGAAGUCGAGGGCGAGACGGAUGGUGCGAUCAGCGCCAUGGCAGGAGGCUACGGCGCGUUUCAAGGCCCCGGUGAAAAUAAUGGUGCCGGAAUCAACGCGCAAGCCCUUCUCGACGGAACAAAUCUGCUACGUCGCGCCGAGAGUAUUUCGCACGCCACCGGCGCCGGCUCGCGCAUGGAUAUGCCGGACAUGACUUUCAACCGCGUCGGCGGCACGCCGAGCGUGAGUAAAGGAACGGCAAUUUCAUUCCAGAAAGGCGCACUGCAGUCGGACGCCUUCAUGCUCGGCGAUGAGAGCGAGGAAGAGGGAGAGGAGGUGUGCGGUGGUGGCUCGAACACCGCGAAGAACGUGACGGACGAACAUGUAGACUCGUAG